AAAAACUGGGCAGCACUGCUAAUCAUAGCUGUUGUGGUCAUCACCAUUACUGGGAAUAUCCUGGUCAUCAUGGCUGUCAGUCUAGAACGGAAGCUGCAGAAUGCAACCAACUACUUUCUCAUGUCGCUGGCUAUAGCUGACAUGCUAUUGAGCCUUCUUGUCAUGCCAGUCUCCAUUGUAACCAUUCUGUAUGGCUAUUCAUGGCCGUUCCCAGCUGUCCUCUGCCCAAUAUGGAUCUACUUAGAUGUGCUGCUAUCUACUGCAUCCAUUAUGCAUUUAUGUGCCAUCUCAGUUGAUCGCUAUGUGGCUAUUCGCAAUCCGAUAGGCCACAGUCGCACUAAAUCUGCUUGGCGAGCCAGAGCUAAGAUCGCUGCCGUCUGGACCAUCUCUGCUGGUAUCUCCAUGCCUAUUCCGGUAAUAGGCCUCCGUGACCAGACCAAAGUGUUCAAAGACGGUAGCUGCUUCUUAACAGACAGCUUUUUUGUGCUCAUUGGUUCCUUCAUGGCCUUUUGCAUGCCAUUGACCAUCAUGGUGGUGACCUACGUCUUGACCAUUAAAGCCCUCCAUAGUGAGGCCACACUGUGCUUGGACCAGCUGGUGCCACAGCCCAGGUGGAGCAGAACCUUGGCACUUGGUUUCAUUCCUUAUGAGAAAAAGCUGUUCCUGAGGCGCUCAGUGACUCUCAGCAAUGAACAGAAGGCAUCUAAAGUCUUGGGUGUGGUCUUUAUACUUUUUGUGGUUAUGUGGUGCCCAUUUUUUGUUACCAACAUUUUGGCGGCGGUGUGUGAUCCCUCCAUGUGCCGUAAUGACAUUGUCAGUGUUCUUCUUAAUGUGUUUGUUUGGGUGGGAUACAUGUCAUCGGCCAUCAACCCACUGGUUUACACACUUUUUAAUAAAACCUAUCGCACAGCAUUUGCUAGAUAUGUGAAAUGUCAAUAUCAUGAGGAAAAAAACCCACUGAGGCUUAUUCUGGUCAACACUAUUCCUCCAUUAGCGUACCAUUCAGCACUAGCCAGAGUGCAAGAAGAAAAAGAUUUUUCCCUUACAUUUACAAGGAAAAAUACACACUGUAAAACAAUCACUGAGGAGAGUGUUAGUUGUUUGUAA